GCCAAGUUGCACACGUACUGGAAAGAGUGGCAACAUUCAGUAUUGGUGCCGUUGUUAUUAUGCUGCAACUUAGUUUAACCAUUUUCCUUGCUAUUAUCAAUAUGAUUGUCAAUGCUGUUAAUGCGCCAGCAGCGGCCCGACAAAUGGUCUCGAAUCUUUCCGACAAAGUACAUGAUGUUUCACGUGCAUCCACAGAAAAAGUUGGACAACAGGCUGGCCGAUUUCUGGAUCAUGCAAAUAAGAUGGCCGAAUCAGCACUGGGCGUAGCCCCCGAAGCAAACAGUGCCGAGAGGACGCUUGCCGAACGUCUCACAGAUCUUGGAUAUCGCAUUUCGCAGAAUUUGAAAAAUCGCGCUCAUGGCGAUGUCAUCGAUACAGUUUAUGCGGAUAUGCAUGGUAUUAUGGAGCGUUUGAGCAAUUCACUUUCACUGGUGGAUAUGGUACGCCAACAAAAAUCCUGGGCAGCUGGGAAGUUCGGGACGUUGCAGACAUCACUCGCAGAUCUGAAGGAAUCACUGGAAAAAGAAGCUGAUCGGCUGAAAAGCAAU